UCUGACUCUGACGUGAGAGCGUAGAGUGGGGCACCUCUUGUUACCUACUGCAAUCCGCUCAUCUCAGCUCAAACCAUCACUAAAACCUGACACCUCUAUGAAGAAGUGUGACACUAUUAAUCAUGAGUAGCGGGCGGAUCUCAUCGUGGACCAGAUUUAAGCUUCCCGCCAAAUCUCUUGGGCCACACCUUUUCAAACCCUUGGCAGCAGGCAAUAAUGAUCGCCUACAUGACGCCUAUUAUGGCUCAAUAGCUGAAGCAAACGAUGAGCACAUGCUCGUGGUCAUCUGGGAGUCACGCGAGGAUUUCGCAGCAUACAAGGACUCUGCCCAGUACCAUGAACUCAUCAGCAAUCUCAAAGCGGACACAACCUCUACAGAACCGUCUACUCAUAUCGUCGAUUUCGAUAAGAUAGCUUUCUGGUGGCGCUUCGGACCAAACACCGAGAUCCGCACCGUGUAUUUCCCCGCUCUCAUCCCGUCAAAGACGCGCGAUGCCGUGACACGCCUUAAAGGCCUUGUUUUAACAAUGGGCAUUGGCAUUGAUGGUAGCAAAGCCCACUUCUCUCCAUACAACGGCGUGCCCACUUGCGGUUGGGCAGAGGGUUCGCAAAUUUGGAUGAAUCAAGACACAGUCGCCUGUUUAUGGUGUCACUACUGGAAGGAUCGAGAGGUUGAAGAGAAGUUUAAAUUGACGGAGACGCGGCCUCCCAGAGAUGGAGAGGAAGACAAGAUUCUGAUACUAGAAGCCUUUGAGAGAGACUUGAAAAGUUGUGGCGCGCUAGGGUGGGAGGAUAUUCAUGUCGACUUCAAGAAAGUACCCAAGUCUGCUUGACGCGAGGCAAUAUGUAAGCCUCUCUGUUUAGGACCCGAGGCGAAUAAGCCACAUUGAGCACUCGUUACCAAAUUGAAGUUGUUUAUGAUUCUACCCUACUUCAUAACAAUCUAAUACCUGCUGCCUGAAAAUGUGC